AUGUCGACGCAGUCUCCUACACUCCUCCAGUGCCCCCCAAUGCCUGGAGCGGGCUCAUUUCGAUCCCGUUCCUCAGGAUCCAGCACCUCUUCAUUAUCUUCGACCUUCUCCGACAUAACAUCGUCCACGUCCGCGUCGUCGUCCUCGCCACCGACCUCGAAGACCAAUGCUUUCUUUGCGACUCCAUUUUCAACGCGCCCUCCAUCUCCUGUAACAACUCCACUCGCCCCAACGUCCCAAAAAGCUCAGCCGCCCCGCUCACUAACGGCUGAUUUUUUCUCGACACCCCUUCCCUCGCCAUCUCCCCCUUCGCCCUCAAUGCCGCCCGUCAAGCAAAACACGUUCAAUCUCUCGCGGAUCUUUCCUUCACGAUAUACAUCUACGGCACACCGCAGUCCGGACCAGCUCCAAUUCAUGAACCUUGACGCCAACAACAUUGAACGACGCACUCAUGAGCGCAACUCGUCCUCGGGGUCGGAAUCAUCGUUUACCUCCUUCGUCGAGAACCGCUUGCCGACUCCUCCUCCUCCCUCCGCCGUAACACCUCGUCCUCCUCACAGACAGAACACGAUAGUGCCCCGCUUGCAGAAAGAAGAAAAUCUGGACCAGUCCACGCCGAAACCUCCAGAUCACGAACCUGCCUUGCUUCAUUUUGAGCGGAGUCUACUCCUCGCACCUCAGACACAACAGAGAGCGAAACCUGAACCUGAAGCCUUUCCGAUGGAAGAUGACAGGGACGACGAGGAACCUCAACCAGGUAGCCUGAUACCGCUACCGACCUCCGAUCCCCCCUCUCUACCCGUAUCACCUCUCUCCAUGACAUUCACCGUCACUGCCCCGACUUCUAGCUCGCCUGACGAUCGUAGCACACCUACUCCAACGAAUGACGCCUCGAUAUCUGGCUUAUUCAGCGAGAGGGAAAGCUCCGCGUCUGCCGCUUCUUCAUCAACUUCUGAACCAACUGACUUGGAAACCCACCCAAAUCCCACACCUGUUCCAACGUUGCGGCUCCAACGCUGCCUCGGUCAUGGCGCGUUUUCGUCCGUAUGGCUAGCGGAGGACCUUAGCCCUGUACCUCUCACUCUCGUGUCGAAGAGAAGCGUCAGGGAUUUGCGAAGAAGGGCCAGUGGACGCGACCGUGAAAGAGACUCGGAAGCAUUGCGAGAACGAGUCAUCCCGGUGUCAGAAACACCAGCGGCCACCCAGCCAAGCAGUGCGGAGACCAAACCAGAUAAGCGUCCUCCGAGUCGGUUACGCGAGGGUUUGAGGAGCAUUCUCGCCUUAUCUCCUGUAUCGAUACCCCUCCUUUCGACGUCGCCUUCCAACAAUGAUAGCCACCUUUCCCGCAACUCGAGCAUCAAGUCAUCCCCAUCGGCCGACAUUGUUGCGUUAUCUCGCAACUCGAGUAUCCGGUCUCUGCCGUCGAUUGCCGGCGACCUUUCGCGCAACUCUAGUUUGCGUUCGAAUCCUCCGUCUAGAAAUUCCAGCGUUAGAUUACCUCUGUCCCAAGAUACGACGUUAUCCCGAGAUUCGAGUAUGAAGAAGUUCCGAGAACGCGUUCGAGGAACACGGCCUGCGUUUAGACUGGGACGGGCAUAUCUAGACGAGCGAGACGGAGAGAUGGGAGAGCCGCGAGAUUCAGAGGAGUCUAGGAAGGGGUCGGAGGAUGGUCUGAGCGUCCCAGAUGUUGGUCUUACAGCGAGUUUGUCGAGGCAGUCCAGCUUGAACAGAAAGGGCUACGGUAGGCUGGUAGCCGUGAAGAUGACACCACGGAAAGUUAAAGGUGCCCGUGCACGAGAGAAAGAAGAAGAGGAGCGCACAAGAGUGGGGUUCGUUCGAGAAGUCGAAGUGUUGAAGCACAUCUCGCACCCUAACAUCACCCCGUUACUUGCUCACCUGUCGACGUCUGGCCACCACAUCCUCGUUUUGCCGUAUCUUCCUGGCGGUGAUCUCCUGGGCUUGGUCAACGGCGACGUUGCUUGGGGAAAGCUUGGCGAGUCAGUCUUGAGAAGAAUAUGGUGUGAAUUGUGCAAGGCUGUUGGGUGGAUGCAUGGUGUUGGGCUGGUUCAUCGGGACGUCAAGCUUGAGAACAUCCUCCUGACCACUCCGGCGUUCACUUCCUUGGCUGAAACGUCGCCCAGGCCAACCCUGGCUUGCCUUCCUCCACCCCCAGCGCCGCUCAUCAAGUUGACUGACUUCGGCCUGUCACGCUUCGUCGAGAUCGAUGCCAACGGCGAUGCAGAGCUGCUGUCAACAAGGUGCGGCAGUGAGGCUUAUGCUGCACCGGAGCUCGUAACCGGCGGCCGUGCUGGGUACGAUGCUCGCAAGACGGAUGCUUGGGCUUGUGGAGUCGUCCUAUAUGCGCUUGUCGAACGACGCCUACCGUUUGGCGAAGGUGUCAGCGCCGAUGGUGAAGUGAAGGCCAAGAUCGGUGGCGAGCGUGGUGUGGGUUAUCAUGGGGGUCACACGAGUCUCACAGAAAGGAGGCAUUGGCUCAUGCGCAUCGCGCGCGGCGAAUGGACUUGGCCCAACGAUGACGCUGAUAUUGUGGACGAGACACCACCAGCCAACGAGGCCAACCGCCACAUGGAAGAGGAUGAAGAAGAGCUCGUUGGCCCUCGUCUGGCGAAGAGUCAAGGUGCUCGGCGAAUUGUCAAUCGCCUUCUAGUCCGGGAUACGAGGAAGAGGGCCCGGAUCGGUGACCUGUGGGAUGACCCUUGGAUGAACGGGGCUGAAGAGGAGCAGUGCAAGGCGAAUGAGAUGCUGCAUGAAUACGAACACUAUGGGUUGCGCGGAAGCGAUGGGACCGACGAUGUCUCGCAUCGAGACAGCCAAGAGUGGUCCUUCGACGAUGAGGACGAAUUCGGCGGCGAUGUGAGGUUCUAUGGCGGAUGCACGGCUGUACCGCUAGACGAUGAAGAUCACGAUGAGGAGGAGGAAGAGGAGGAAGGAGGCUGUUUGCUCGAUCAUGAAGGCAUCGACAGCAUCACCCGCCAGGAGGUCAUCUGA